AUGGCGCGGCGGUCGGCGCUGGGUUUGCUGCUCUUAGGAGGCCUUGGGCUCCUGCCCUUGGCUCUGCCCUUCAGCGGCUUCCCCACCACCCCGCGGCCGCCACAACGGCUGCUGCCGCGAAGGGCGGCCGUGGAGUCGGAGGCGCUUCAGGUGGCGCAGUCCUCUCUGCCCGGCAUCUCCACGGUGGUCCUGGGCGCCCUGGCGGCCUCCACUGCGCAGCUGGCGCGGGCGGGCCAGGCGCAGCCCCAGGCUGGCCCGGGCAGCUUCUUUGGACCAGAACGUUGGGCUGGCAGGACUGCAGCGAUCGCGCUGGUUUGGGUGGCCUUUCUGGGCUACUCUUUCUUUCUAGCUCCGGGCAAGGGUCCAGAAGCACAGGCAGCCGACCAGGCUCUGUUGAACCAGGUUCUGUCCACGCCCUUUGAUGGAUCAGUGAGCCCUUUAUUUGUGUGCAUCUUCAACAUGCUAGGCAUUUGGCCCGUGAUCUACUCAGCCACGUUGCUGCCGGGCGCGGAGCGCCAAUCUCCUGUGCCCGCGUAUCCGUUGGUCUUCGCCUCCUUCUUCUUGGGUGCUUUUGCCCUGAGCCCCUACUUGGCUCUGCGCGAGUAUCGCGGGACGGCAGGCAGCUCUGGCAACUUGGACUGGUUCACCGGCAACUUCUUGGAGAGCCGCCUGACGGCUUUGCUGCUGCUGGCUGGGGCCCUUUACUUGAGCCUUUUCGCCCUAGGCAACGGUGUCAUCGGUGACGUGGCACCGGCUGCCGCCUGGGCCUCUUUUUUGCCGAUCUUCACCAGCAGCCUGACGGCUCACGUGUCCAGCGUGGAUUUUAUGGUUUUGUGGAUGUUCUUUGGCCCGGUCUUGCUGGAAGAUGGUCGUCGGCGAGGCGUCUUUGUGGGAAAACCCGAUGAGUGGGUGACCAGUGAGAAGGCGCAGUUCGCCCUUUGCGCCGCGCUGCCCGUCUUCGGCGGUGUGGCCUGGUUACUGAGUCGCCCGCCGCUGCCUGAGCAGCGGUGAGAACGGUUGGUCCGUGGAUGAUUCAGCCAGAGACGGGCGACUUAGCUGGCCCCAGUUUCCGGGCUGAAGCCGCUUCAAUUUUCGGGCUGGGCAUCCCAGCAGUUGCCCAAUAAGUGAUGAAAAAAACAACACCAAUGCCCCAUAAAAAGGGGGAUGCAUAACUACAAGCAGGGAAUGUAAUUCUUUUCCCUGGGAAUCGUUUGACUUUCGACUGGUUGAAAUCACGAUGCAGGUGUUCUUUGUAGGGUCACCUUCUGGAGCGCAGCUGGCCCCAUGAUUUGCGCCUCAGAUAUUUUCCUGGCGGUGAUUGCUUGCAAAAUGGCGUCUGCUGAGCGCCUUCGUUUGGACUAGGGCCAGAAAAGUCUGCCGAGA